GCUGAAGACAGUAAAAGCAGAAAAUAUUUCUAAUGAACACUAAUCAACACUACAGCUGCUACAAUGUAUGUAUACAUACACAUACAUACAGUGUGUAUGUAUAUAUACACACACAGUUUUUCUAUUAUGCAAUGUAGUCCCCUAACUAAAGUUUUUGUUGCUUAGCAACAUACUAGGUUUAGGAUUAGGUUAUUCAGUGGACAGAAAAAUAUGAUAAAAUUUAGUGUCCAGUAAUUAAUUACACUUAUUAUUAACUAUAUUCGCAAUACAGACUUAUUUUCACUGUGCUGUAACGAGUCAGACUGUUAGUAACAGUGUGAAGGGUUUAUUUGUUUAGAGCCUGGCGCAUUAAUACAGAGUUCAGUUGUUGUGAUGCGGUCACAGCUUUCGAGCGCUGCUCAGCCAAUCAGAUUUCAGAACAGAACUUAUCGCUGUUAUAGCAUGUCUUUUACUUUGCACUUUACUAAAAUGUUAUUAAGUGAAAUAUCAGUAAAACAAGUGUCAUCUAAAUGAAACAAAUGUCAUCUAAAACUGGACCGCAAACCUCUUUAAAUCAUAAACCCUUACAGCCCAUGAAUGACCGGAAGGACGCUGCUGGUCACCAUGGCAACGAGAACGCCCGCGCGCACCUGCUGCAGUGCGGCACCGGAAGCGCGCGCAGACAGGAACAGGAGCGGCUGACCGGCUCAGAGAGGAGAACCGCGUUUAGCAUCAGCGCCUUAUAGCGUUAAUAUUACUGAAAUCUGCAAAUGUAUAUCAUUUUUUCUUCUGCCGCUGCGCAUCAAAUCCACUGAUGAGAGACGCCAUUAAUCCCAAUUUAACACCGCGAGCGCAUUAAUGCAGCAGCCGGUCAUCAUUAGCUAAGCCUUUUAACACAUAAACAUCAUAUACACACAUAUACACACAUAUACAUACACACAGAGAAUUAUAGCAACAUGCAGCUGUUUCUAUUUUAAAGCAUGUACCCGGUGUGACUCCUCACUGAGAUGGACAUCUGUUUAAAGUGCUCAGUAACUGCUGGAAGAGGACAAUAACAUCACUGUAGAGAGAAGAAACCCACAACAAACCUGGAGAUAUUGAGCAGGCUAUCUGAGAUCCUCAGCAUCAGCAUCCCACAUUUCCUCUCCAUCACGAUUCUCUGGGAGCUAUCAUCAUUUCAAAUCAUGAAUCGCCUUUGUAAUGUGAACAAUAAUUUCCCGUAUGAUAACAGUCUCCUGGUGUUGGACAUGGUUCUGAGGUCGCUAUGGGGAACCACACAGCCAAUCAACUGGGAGAACGUAGCCCGCCUAGUUCCUGGUUUCACUCCUAAAGAGUGCGCACGCAGGUUUGAUGAGCUGAAGAGCACAGGGAGUUUCCCCCUAGUAGACGAGCAGUGUAAUGCACUGACUGGGGCCAGUGGCUCUCCAUCUGAACCGCUCUCCGCUUACAUCCGAUCCACCUUAUUGGACCUUACUGGGGAGACAGGGGAGCCACGGACCAAUCAGAGCACACUCUCAGUGUCAGGACUGAGUGUGACCCCUGUUGUUAGAGGAGCCAGUGCUGAGACUGAGAACACUGUGAGCACAGAGGACGAAGAGAAGGAAGACAGAGGAAAGAGCCCUAUCAUGGUGAUCCAUGUGUGUGACGAAGCAAAGAACCUGAAGCAGGACUUUGAGUGUCCACGUGACGUGUUGGUCAGAGAAAUGCGCUACUUCGCCGAGUACCUCUCCAUGGACGCCCAGCGCUGGGAGGAGGUGGACAUCUCGGUGCACUGCGACGUCCAGAUCUUCGACUGGUUAAUGAACUAUGUCAAGAGAAACUCUGCGGAAGAUGAACCUGGGAAACACGUAGACAAGCCAACUCUGGAGCCCAGCAAUGUCAUCUCUAUCCUGAUCUCAUCCGAGUUCUUGAAGAUGGAUGCUUUAGUGGAGGAGUGCAUUCAGUACUGUCACGAAAACAUGAGCGCCAUCGUCGCCACUCCGUGCAACAUGAGCUGCAUCAACAGCAACCUGGCCUCACGCAUCGCCCUGCUGUUCACACACAACCAAGCAGACGAUAUCAAGGACAAAAAGGACAAGUUUAAAAGUAAAGUGUUCCAGAAGAAGAUUGAAAAGCUGUUUGAUAAUCAAGGUUUUGAGAAUCACGACUCUCCAGGAAAUGCUGCUACGCUGUACAGGUGUGGUCUUUGCCUUAAGCUUCUCACCAAAGACACAGAAAGGAAGAUCUCCUGCGUUCCGGGCAAAAUCAACAUCGACCAUCAUGGGGACAUCGUCUACACACACAGCAGGCAAAAGGGCUGGGACGUUCAUGAGUAUCUCAACAGCUUGUAUGAAGAGCUGAAAUCAUGGGUGCUGGUUUACUGGAGGAUCUGGGGCACCAUUAAUUAUCUCACCUGCUCUUGCUGUAAACAGGUUUUCCUCUGCUGUGAGCUGACCCAGUGCAGGUAUCACCCCGAGGCUGUGGUGUACCCGGGCAUGGGCGCCGAUCGCAGCGAGCAUGGUGCCGGGAUCUACCCCUGCUGCAAGCAGAGAGCGCUACGCUUUGACCCAGCUGCGAUGCCCACAGGUUGUAAGAUGAGGGACCACGUGGUAAAUGUGGCAGAACCUGGGGACUGUGAAGGCAACGUGAACUCUGUGCAGACUCGAAUACUUAAUGACCUUCUGCUCCACAGAGAUGCUGUGUGCAUGAGCCCCCCAACAUCUACGGACAGUUCUGCAGAGUCGCCUAAACAGAGCGAGCAAGUGCAUGACUGCGACAUCACACUGGACGAUGCAGCCCUAAAUGUUCAUCGAGCCAGAGAAGUCACUGCCUUUUCCCUUUUGAAGAACUGGAGUCUCCAGCUGCGGCAGCAGUCUUUGCUGUCUGAGGAUGAGGACUACACUACGGGGUCAGAGGUCACAGAGGAUGAAGUCGGGGAUGAAGAUGACACAGCAAAGAAACAAGCUGUAAAAAAGCCUAGAAAACCAGGCAAGCCCUUGAAAAGACAAGUGUCCUCACCGAGCAUACAGCACAAAGAGCGAGCUGGAGGAGAUAAGGGUGCUUCAAAGGACUCGACCCCAUUCACAGUGAGCAUGCCGAAGAGUAAAUGGGACAGCACACGCUCGAUGAGGUUUAACCAGGAUGCCCAGAGGGAGGAAGACCAAAGGAGAAUGGUGGAGAUUAUUGACCAUCUCACUAAGAUGCGCUUCGGUGAUUUGGAACAGAGCAAGUCAAAGGACACUAAGGAGCUUGCAGGAGGUAUCUACUCCAGGUUGGAGGCGCAGUUUAAGACCGCCACUCAGCUGAGUAACAGACAGAGCACCUCAGACAAAACACUCCGGGCGAAGACGCGAACUGGACAGUCUAGACCAACGUGAAAGAAAUAACAGGACAGAAAGAUGUGCUGACAAGCGUGUGAAUGAAAGAAGACUUUUUGUAGAAAAAGUCUCUUUUUAAGAAAAACAUCCUUUCCCUCUUAUCCAGCCUACAGCCGUCCUUCUAUCCAACCCUUUUCAGACAGUCGAGAGAUCUGCAGUAUCAUAACGGAGACCAGUAAAUUCAUUCACACAACAGACCUUGAUUAGAAUGCACUGGACAUUAAUAGUAUUGUAGAAGCUUUCAUUACAGAAGCUUUGCCCUCUCCUCUACAUAUUGUGCUGCUAGCUUCGUAAGAGUAUCUUUUAAUUCUUCUCCUUUAUCUUUUAUUUUGGCACUCGUAAUUUCUGUCUAUAUCAUUCUGUAACCAUGUUAUAUACAGUGUGCUAACUUUCAUGUUCCUCAUGUUCUAAUCUCAGGUGAACAAACCCCUCCAACCCUGCUGUAGUAACCUGCACUUUAAACUAUCAUAAACAACCACCUCAACACACCCCAGAUCCAGAUCCUCUACAAUAAAAAUGGACGCUAAACUCUAA